UACCAUGAUCAGCCGCCGGCAGCGCGGGCAGAACUGGCAGAGAUUCUCGCCCUUGGCGAGCUUCGCCAUGCGGAUGACGGUGCGGUCCACCAUCAGCUCGCGCGCGUCGCUCAGGCCCCGGGCGCGGCGCACGGCUGCCUCCUAGACAGCGCGCGCGUCCCGGUCGAGCAGGCGCAGGACAGGGUGCUCCUCCGCGCCGGCCUUGUC